AGACGAGAGUUAGUUGACGUCCAGCUUCGGUACCAGCAAGUCACCGUCCGUCUCGAGGUAUCGCUGAUUCCUUCCAAGCCCCUGACACCGCUCUUCGAAACUUCAGCAAGUGAAAGUGCUUUUUUACAGAGAAAGUAUUUGAGGUUGUUUGUUCUUUACUGCUCUGUAAAGGCACUGAAGAUCGAAAUUGAAGCUUUAGGGGCGUUGGACGGACGAUUAAAUCAUGUAUACAAGAGGAAUUAUCGCCAUUUUGCUCGUAACUUUUGUGACGGGUACAGAAUUUGCCUCUCAGCUACGGAAAUGCCGCGUGGGAAGGAAAGUUGCGCUCAACGAUUGCCUUAAACAGACACUUGAGGAUCUGAGACCUCGGCUUCUCACAGGAAUUCCAGAGCUGGGGCUGCCGCAGCUCGAACCCAUGAAAAUCCAGAACUUGGUCUUCCGUCAGGGUGAUGGUGCUGUGACCGUCGAGUCGACUUUCACGGACGUUACUGUAACGGGAUUGUCCAAAUUCACCACUAAUUUAAUAGAUGCCGACCCGACGACCAACACCCUCCAGGUGGGGCUGAACAUCCCGCAGUUGAAAAUCGUCGGAAAGUACACCCUGAAUGGGAGAGUGUUUAUCCUGGCCAUUAACGGAGACGGACCUUUCAACGCCUUGCUCAAUGACGUUAAAGUUACCGGCCACGGAAACGUUGGUGUGGUGCGAUCUGCCUCCGGCACAGAACAUCUCCGAAUCUCUGGAACCAGAAUCGACUUCGCCAUCGACAGACUCAACAUCAAGUUGGAAAACCUCUUCAAUGGUGACCCUAUCCUAGGUCAAACCGUGAACCACUUCUUGAACCAGAACAGCCAGGAGAUCCUGAAGGACUUGAAGCCCGAAGUGUCUAGACAACUGGGUGUCCUGGUCGAGCGCGUCAUGAACGAUGCCUUGUCUCAGCUUCCUGUCGAUUCCUUCUUGAUCGCAAAUUAAAAUUCUAAACCCAUAUUUGAAAGACUUAAAAGUUGAAAAGGGCUCGCAGUGUUGUAUUCGCAGUUGUGUGAGAGCCGUAUCAUUAUUUCGAUAUCCUGGAAUGGCGAAUUGUUUCUGUGGGCAGAGAUCCUGAAUAUUUCUGUGAUCAGAACUGACUGACCUGAUGUUGCCAGGACACUAGUACAGUGACAGUUAUAGUACUCUGUAGGAUAGUGAGGGAUUUAGCUUUUGAGCAGGACGAUGGUCCAAGUUAGCAUAGCACCUAGUUGUCGUUUAGUUAUCGUUUAGAUAAAACUGGCGUUGCAAUCUUUGUAUUGCUUCAUUACAUAUUAUAAGUAGCUCACAACUAGGGCCAUUUUGUCAGCGUUGUUGCCUAAAUUGGACAUUGAGGCUCGGAUCUCGUUGUUGUUUUCGUUUAUUGCACCUUUUGCCGUUUCCCGUUGGAUAAAGAUUUAUGAUAACCAAUCUUCUAGAACACUUAAGAUACACGCAUCUUCUAAAACUUGACUUUGAGUAUUAGUUUUUUAAUCGGAAGAUUUUCAGGUACGUGAACAGCAAAGGAUGUUUUUUAACUUCUAAAAGUUUCUUUAAUUUCUAAGUCACAACUUUGGUUCUGAUUCAUCGUUAGUAUUCUGUAGUUCAGUGUGGGCUAUUUUAGUUUUUAUUCAGGAAACUAGAUUUAAUAUUUUUAAUCUUUUUAUCCUUCAUCCAUAGUCUUUUGUUGAAUAGUAGAUUUUUAUAAGCUAUUGACACGAUUUUCAAAACAAAUUGGCUUGUAUGAAUUAAUUGAGGGGGAAAUGUACCAUGACAUUCCAUCAAGUUUAAGGAGAUUUCACAUUUAUGAAGAUGGAGAUAACCUGAACGAGAUCAAACUUCUACGUAAGAAACGUUGGUCUGGAAAUUGCUGUGCGUGCUACUCGUUUGUGUGUCACGUAGGGGAGUUCCAUGGUGACCCUGGAGUUAAGAAAGGCCAACUCACUGGACUUCAAGAAAUUACGAAAGAUUGGGAAUGUUUGGACUAUGGAUGUUUCUUCCACAGAUUGUGGAAAUUUCUUUGUAAUUAUAGAUCCUUUUUAUAGUAAUAACGCAGUUCCAUCUUAAUUAUAUAAUUUUUUUUACA